AUGGCUUUUUUGAGGGAUAAGCGUGGAUUAUCCUCCGCUGCCUCUGACCCCUUUCUGCUGCAUAUGUGCUCUUUAUGUAAGGCUUUCUAUUUCUUUCUUGUGCUGUUUGUUUGCUUUUUCGACACACUUUUCCUGUACUCUGGUGCGUGCGAGUCUCGUUGCGGCGCGGUGCGUCCUCACAGAGGGGAGUUGAACACCGGCGUUGGCGCAGAAGAGAGAGGGAAGGAAGCUGCGGAGCCGUGGGCCAUGCUGGAGGAGGCAGACGACGGCGUGCGGGAGCUGGAGGAUGAGCUGAGGCACCAGCUAGAGCUCCUGGCGGAGGAGCGGAAAGUCCUGGGCGAACUGCAGCGGCAGAUGAAUUGCGCGGCGACGGGCUCCGCCGAUGGCGACGGGCCCAGUAGGCGAGACCGGCUAGUGGCGUCCAACAGGGCACUUCGUCGCGCUCUAGAGAAGCUGCGGCGCGAGGACCGGAGACCCAUAAACGACCCACAGGUGAACGAGGUGCGAAACAAGAUCACCGCGGCCUGGAAGGAGGUGGGAGAGGUGGAGGCGGAGGUGAAGACACUGCUGUCCGUGCGACGUCAGAGAAAUAAAGGCUUGGAAGAGGUGCGUGAAGGCGACCGCUCCGUCUCGGCCCUGCGGGGGAGACAGCAAGAGGAGGAACGGAACCUGCGCGCGAAGCUGAAGGAGCUUGAGAGUGAGUUGAAAGCAGUAGAGAAAAAGGAUUUCGCGCUGCACGAGCGUUUUACGCAGCUGCAAAAGCAGGCUCUGUUGCAUGUGACUGAGAAGGACGCCGCCGCUUUGAGAGCGAAGUAUGAACAGCAGAUGAAGUUGAUCGACGAACUCCAGCGACAGCGAGGGGAACUGGCGCUGGCACGCGGUGAGGCGGCGGGCGAUGGUCGACGCCUAACGUUAAAGGCGGAAAAGGCCAAGGCCGAGAUGGAGAGGGAGAUUGCUGAGCUGCAGGAACUCGUGCUGGCGCGUGACGAGGAGCUUACGCAACUCUACCGCAGCUUGGGCAAAUGA